AUGGCAGACAGUUUAAAGACUUUAAUUAAGAAACGCAGUUCUGUAAAAUCGAAUCUCACGAUUUACAACAAUUAUUUAACAUUAAUUAAAAGUAGUGCCGCUAUUUCACAGUUGCAGCGUCUAGAUUUGGAAGAACGCUUUAUUAAAUUCCAAAGCUUACACGCCGAAUUUGAUGAUUUACAGACUCAAAUUGAAGUGCUUGCCGACGAUGCCGAGUCUACGUUUACUGAGCGUGAGGACUUUGACCGCCAGUUCUUCAGUCUGGUGGCACUCACGCGCAGCCUGCUCGGUGCUUCGAACAACGGUGUCGGGUCGGAGGCUGGCUUCAAGGAUGCUGACUCAGGUGCACAUAUUUCCUCACGGAAUAAUUUUGUUCGUUUGCCAAAAAUAGAAUUGCCACAUUUUGAUGGAAACUACCAAUCCUGGCUUGAGUUUCGAGAUACUUUUAGUUCAUUGGUUCACGACAAUGCUAGCAUCAACGCCAUAAACAAGUUCCACUACUUGCGAGCUUCACUCCAGAGCAAAGCGGCCUUAAUAAUUAAAAACAUUGAUUUUAAGGCCGAACAUUAUCAACUUGCAUGGGACCUUCUAUGUGAAAGGUUCAAUAAUAACCGUCUUCUUGUGGACAACCAUUUGCGAGCUUUAUUUGAUGAUGUGGAACCAAUACUUAUGGAAUCAAGUGUUG